AUGUCAAUCUAUCACUCUCUUUGCUUUCUGCUCCUUCUCUCUCUCUGCCAUGGCUCUCCCAGCCUCCGACCACGUAGAAUUCCUCAUCUAGACGGGCUUCUUCCAAAUGGAAACUUUGAGCAAACCCCUCUCAAAUCAAACAUGAAGGGUCGACAAAUAAUCGGCGCUAACUCUCUCCCUCACUGGCAAAUCGCCGGCCACGUGGAGCUAGUCUCCGGUGGACCUCAGCCGGGAGGAUUCUAUUUUCCAGUCCCACGUGGAGUCCACGCGGUUAGAUUAGGAAGCUUAGGUACCAUCUCUCAGGACUUGAAAGUGAAGCGUGGCUUAGUCUACUCUCUGACGUUCGGAGCCACUAGAACUUGCGCUCAGGACGAGAAUAUCAAAGUCUCUGUGCCUGGUCAAGCCAAUGAGCUUCCCAUCCAGACCGUAUUUAGCUCAGAUGGUGGAGACACUUACGCUUGGGCUUUCAAGGCAAUGUCCGAUGUGGUUAAGGUCACUUUCCAUAACCCUGGUGUUCAAGAAGACCGCACCUGUGGACCUCUCUUAGAUGUUGUCGCUAUCAAGGAGAUUCUUCCUCUCCGGUAUACCAGAGGUAACUUGGUGAAAAAUGGAGGUUUCGAGGUUGGUCCACACGUUUUCGCUAAUUUCUCAACCGGAAUCUUGAUUCCCGCAAGGAUCCAAGAUUUUAUCUCCCCGCUUCCGGGAUGGAUCGUUGAAUCCCUCAAACCGGUGAAAUACAUCGAUAGGCGUCAUUUUAAAGUUCCUUACGGACAAGCAGCCGUUGAGCUCGUUGCUGGUAGAGAAAGUGCAAUCGCACAGAUCAUCCGUACCAUCGCUGGUAAAGCAUACAUGCUCUCAUACGCGGUAGGCGAUGCACAAAACGGCUGCCACGGGUCGAUGAUGGUGGAAGCGUUCGCGGGAAAAGAGCCAUUUAAACUUUCUUUUAUGUCAGAAGGUAAGGGAGCGUUCAAAACGGGGCAUUUCAGGUUUGUGGCCGAUUCGAAUCGAACGAGGCUAACCUUUUAUAGUGCGUUUUAUCAUACAAAGCUUCAUGAUUUCGGCCAUCUUUGUGGGCCUGUUCUUGAUAGUGUUGUUGUUCUCCCGGCCCAUUAACAAUUUGUGGAUUCUUAUGAGACUGAAUAUUUUCUUUAUUACAAUAAGAAGAAGAGAAACACGACA